AUGGCGCACCAUCGAUCAGCACGACCAGGGCUGCCUUCGCUCGUGCAGAGGCUGUUUUUUCUGGCAUGCGUGGCGCUCCUGCUCCCGCUGUCGCAAGGUAAAUGGGUGAGCCACCUCUCGUCGUAUCGAGCGUAUGAGCGGCGGCUGGCAUCGGCGGAAGGUCCAACAAUCUUGACAGUAACAAGCGGCCCUUCAGAAUCCGAUAGGAUUACUCCCAACGGCUUGACUCUCGAGGCCUCUGAAGCACUGGAGGAGCCCAGCCGGCCCGCAUCUUCCCCUCUUCUGCGCGGAUCCGCGCUGGCCGCCACGGCUUCCGCGGAUCUCCUCUCUCGGGGGGCUCGAGAGGCAACGGAAUUAACACUGGCCGCCGCGACUAUGGCGGAAGCUCGGGAGGGGCGCGCGCUGUGGGCGGAAAGCGCGCGCAGCACAGGGGGGGAAGAAGGAGCGGAGGAGAGGGGGAGAUGGUCCCUCGCCCAUCGCCCUUGCUUCCCCCGCCCAUCGCCCUCGCUUCCCCCGCCCAUCGCCCUCGCUUUCUCCGCCCAUCGCGCUCGCUUCCCCCGCCCAUCGCCCUCGCUUUCCCCUCCCGUCGCCCUCGCUUUCCCCUCCCGUCGACCUACCAUCCCCCUCCCGUCCCCCUCCCAUCCCCCUCCCGUCCCCCUCCCAUCCCCCUCCCGUCCCCCUCCCAUCCCCCUCCCGUCCCCCUCCCAUCCCCCUCCCGUCCCCCUCCCAUCGCCCUCCCAUCGCCCUCCCAUCGCCCUCCCAUCCCCCUCCCAUCACCCUCUCAUCGCCCUCCCAUCGCCCUCUCAUCCCCCUCCCAUCGCCCUCCCAUCCCCCCUCCCAUCCCCCUCCCAUCCCCCUCCCAUCCCCCUCCCAUCCGCCUCCCAUCCCCCUCCCAUCCCCCUCCCAUCCCCCUCCCAUCCCCCUCCCAUCCCCCUCCCAUCCCCCUCCCAUCCCCCUCCCAUCCCCCUCCCAUCCCCCUCCCGUCCCCAUCUCAUCCCCCUCCCAUCCCCCUCUGAUCCCCCUCCCAUCCCCCUCCCAUCCCCCUCCCAUCCUCCUCCCAUCCCCCUCCCACCCCCCUCCCAUCCCCCUCUCAUCCCCCUCCCAUCCCCCUCCCAUCCCCCUCCCGUCCCCAUCUCGUCCCCCUCCCCUCCCCCUCUGAUCCCCCUCCCGUCCCCAUCCCAUCCCCCUCCCAUCCCCCUCCCAUCGCCCUCUCAUCCCCCUCCCAUCGCCCUCCCAUACCCCUCCCAUCCCCCUCCCGUCGCCCUCCCAUCCCCCUCCCAUGCAGGAGAAUAA